CUGGUUGUGUACGUAUUGGAAAUCCUCUCCAGGAACAAAACAUCACUGGCCAGGAAAGCUCAUCAGCAACUUUGCUUCGUCUGCAAUCUAAGAAGAAAUAUAGCCCCCUGCCCCAUCCUGAGCACCUUCUACAAAUGGGCCAUUGAGAGCAUCUUGACUUGCUGCAUCACUGUGGUAUGGGCCCUGCACAGCAUCCUGCUGAAGCACCCUCCAGCUCAUCGUGAGUUGGUUUGCGUCUCCGCCGGAGCAGAGCACGUCUCUUUGGAGCACCAAAUUCUGGAAGAGGGGAUCAGCUCGGGGCGCAGAACUUGCAGGCUCUAUUGUAGGGUUGGCAUCGGCUUCCACCUCCAGAUUCAUCCAGACGGGAAAGUCAACGGCAGCCAUGAGCCCAAUGAGCUGAGUGUCCUUGAGCUCUUCGCUGUUUCUCAAGGGGUCAUUGGUAUCAAGGGGGUUUACAGUAAUAGAUUCCUGGCCAUGAACGAAAGAGGACGGCUGCACGCCACGGUAUGGUUCUCAGAUGACUGCAAAUUCAGAGAACGUUUUCAGGAGAACAGCUACAAUACAUAUGCUUCCGUAAUCCACAGGAACCACAGGACCGGUCGUGACUGGUUUGUGGCCCUCAAUAAGAGGGGGAAAGCUAAAAUGGGCUCCAGCCCAGGGGUCAAAUCCCAGCAUGUCUCCACUCACUUUUUACCCAGACUCAGCUUGCAGGACAAGAGUGAAAGAGGAUUCACCAUCACAGCAAAGAGCAAAGAGAGGAAAAAAACACCGCCACCACUGGUGAAAUCUUUACAAGUGAAGUCAAAAGUCCAGACAGGAACAGUCCCAAGACGCACACAAGUCAAAUACUGGCCUAAGUACAGGUUUGGAUAG